UUUCGUUUGUUCUCUUUCGAUUUUUGGUUUCUUCUCGAUUUUUCAUCAGAUCGAUGCUCGCAGAGUUUGAAACUAAUACCCUCGAAUCUCAGCUUUUUUUUCGCUUUAUCUUUCUCCGGUUUUGUUCAAUUUCAACUCGUUUACCUGAUUCCUAAAAGGAGUAAUGAUAUUGAGGCAUUUAAUUUUUGUCUUUCUCUCUCUUUCCUUGUGCAUUUAUUGUGACAACUUUCGGUUGCUCCGUGAGAUGAAGGCAGGAAAGUUUGCUGAUUAUGAAGUUUUAGCAAGAAACCAGCAAUCAGAUUGGAAGAGGGAAGUGGAAAUUUGAGAAGACCCACCAAGGGAGCAGUGGUGAAGGCCUGGUCUUGUCAUGGGAGGAUCUGGGUUUUUUUCUCUCGCUCUGGUCACUGGUGGCGGUGUCUCUGCCUCUGGUACUGAAAGGUGUGAGAUGGGAAGGACGCCUUGUUGUGACAAAAAGGGGCUAAAGAAAGGGCCGUGGACAUCAGAAGAAGAUGAGCUCCUUAUUAAUUAUAUCAAGAAAAACAAUGGCCAUGGAAGCUGGAGAUCGCUCCCCAAGCUUGCAGGUCUUCUACGGUGUGGGAAGAGCUGCCGUUUGAGGUGGACAAACUAUCUAAGACCUGAUAUCAAACGUGGCCCCUUUACUACUGAGGAAGAGAAGCUUGUUAUUCAGCUCCAUGGUAUCCUUGGAAACAGGUGGGCUGCCAUUGCUUCUCAACUGCCAGGAAGAACAGAUAAUGAAAUCAAGAACUUAUGGAACACCCACCUCAAGAAACGUCUUAUUUGCAUUGGCAUUGAUCCACAGACACAUGAACCCUUCAGCUCUCGCUGCUCAUCCUCUACAGCACCGGCAUCCCCGGCCACCAGGCACAUGGCACAGUGGGAGAGCGCUCGGCUCGAAGCCGAAGCUCGACUUUCAAGGGAGUCAUCACUCUUCACCCCACUCCCCAUGGAAAGAACAACUGAUUCUGACUUCUUUCUCCAAAUAUGGAACUCUGAAGUUGGUGAUUCAUUUCGUAGGUGCACAAGGGAAGAUAAAACUACAUGCCAAAGCCAGAGUCCCAUAUCCUCAUCAAUGAAAUGCGAGUCGGUUUUCGUUGUCUCCACCGAUAACGGACUUGAUUACACCGGUUCCUCCGCCAUGGAAAGCAAUGAAAAUGAAGAAACUGAGUACAAAAACUUCAAAUCCAUGGCUAGCAUUCUGAUGUCCAAGUCCGAUUCAUCGAGUGCAAACGAGUUCGAGGAGUCAUCCGAUAGUGCAUUAGAACUGCUGCUGGACUUCCCCAUUAACAACGACAUGAGCUUCUUAGAAGAAAACAACAUAAAAACGCAGCAUCAGCAGUAGAAAGGAAGUGUCUUCUUAUCUGCCCUAUAAAAGCUCUCUCUAGUAGAGGAUAAGUCCAAGUUUUGUGGUUGGUUAGCAAACACUAUUGGGUAAUGUAACCAUUUUUUGUGCUUUGAAAUUGAAGCUGAGGAAGCAGUUUUCUCUUCGUGGAAUCUCCAUUCCAUUGCUGCUUACAAAAAAAGCAGUUGCCAAAAGGGAUUUCUACUCAGCGGCAAAGUUCAGUAUGUAGAUAGGCAUUAUAUGGUUUCGAGUGCAGAGCCAUUAUGAUACACUGAUUAAUGUAAGUGCUUUUAACUCCCAUCUAUUUUCAGCACUAUUCUGACUAUCUAUUAAUAUUUUACCAAUUGUCUCUCUUUAUUCUA